UAGCGUUCUUAAAUAAACGUACAAAAUGAAAUUCACGGUAUUCACAGUUUUACUUACCAUAUCAACAACAUGGGGUUUAAAAUCCAAAACGGAAGAACCCAAAGAUAAAAGAGAAGCAUCAGGCACUUAUCUACCACAAAGCUCCCACAACUACCAAUCACCAUCAUCCUUGGGCCAGGAAGAAGCUAAUGCUAUCAGUAUUGGAGCCGGAUACAGCGUAGGAGGAGGUGCCAAGCCCACCUACAGUUUUGGUGGACAAAAUGCUGGAGUUGGAGCCUCAUAUCAGUUACAGCCAGAAAGUGGACAUGCAAACCUUCAACUGGCUGGUUUACAAUCUUCGAACGGUGGUCUUGUAUCAAAUGACCUUUCGCAGCUAAUGAGUCAAAUAUCUCAAGGCCUUAAUAGUGGAGCUAUAUCCUUACCUUCAUCUGGUGGUCAAGGAGCUCUAUAUCAAUUUGCCGGCCAAGGCAGUCAUGGUGGUCAAGAAAUUUCUCUACCCCAAUUUACUUACGGAAGCCCGCAAUUGCAGCAGUAUAGCUUAGGUGAACAAAGUCAAGGAGGCGCUCCAGCUUACGCUUUUGGCACUAAAGGCCUAGGAACGUAUGGCUCAACAGGUCCAGUUUUAUUUAGCCCUGAAUCUUCCGGUAAUCAAGCCGCACUAAGCUAUGCAGCACCAAAUUUCGGUCAAUCUUAUCAAGCUGCCGCUUUACCUUUAGGUGAUUCUGGGCAUUCUCUUCCUGGUUUUUCCUUCGGCGGCUCGGGACAGUCUUUCGGUGGAUCUCUAAAAGGAUUCAGUGGCAACUACGCUACACCAGCUGGAAAAUCCUCCUUUAAACCGUCAGCUUUCUUAGGUUCAUCAGUCCAAAGUGAUUCGGGCGCUGGUCUUGCAGGUUUAACUGGUUCUUAUGGAUCUCCGUCCUUUACUAACUUCCAGUCAUCAGCCGGUGGUCAUGGCAUUUCUGCUCUUGGUGCUGGCGGACAUGGUGCUGGUUUCGGCUCUUUAUCCGCCUUUUCCGGUGGUCCAUCUAAAGGAGUAGCUGCAUCAUAUUUACCUUCCAAAUUUGAAGGUGUGGGAUCUUUAGAGUCUAUUGCUUCUGCAUUUUCUGCUAGUGGUCAAAUUGGUCAACCAGGAGCAACCUAUGGGUCGUCUCCAAAUGCGUACUCUAGCAAUGCACAUGCAGCAUCGGCACCAUCCCCUGCCUAUUACAUUUCAUCUGGUAAACAUUCUUCACCUAGCUUUGGUUUGGGCAGUUCAUCUUACAGAAGCCCUGCCUCAGGUCAUAGUUCUUUAAAUUCUUUUUCCUCCGGACCUAAAUAUAGUUUUGGUGGACAGGGCAGUUCACGCUAUUUGCCAGCCAAAGACAUUCAAGGCUCUUACAGUGAACCCAAAUAUAAUACAAUCAAAUACAGCGAGGAGUUUAAGCCUCGUUUUAACUAAGGUUAUAUAGAAUUUUAUAUGUAGAUUAUGAUGUAAAUGCUGAAUACUGGUUAAGAUUGUUUGUGUGGAAGAAGUAAAAAGCGCACAGUGAUAUUGAGUUGCCUCUGGUAAUUUAUUUGGGUAUGUUCCGAUAUAUGGAUUAAUCAACGACUGCUGAACACUAUAUCCUUUUAGAGCUAUUUUGAAUUUCCAAACUAAAUGGUAUAGUUUACAUAAUGUACAAAACUUUUAAACUAGUUAUACAGUUCAGUACAUUGUAAAAGACUCAAUUAGGUGGUUCAAUGACCACCGCUACGAGUAAUGUUGUUAUUUUGUUGC